CUUCUCUAGGAAAAAUUGCAGCACACCUUUCUAAUUUUACACUCGAUUCACCUCCAUCAGGUCAUUUUCCCCAGACUCGGCACACGGGACUACGCUUUUAGGAGCGCUCCAAACCGCAGCGUUGUUUAAGCGUUAUGAAGGAGUACAUAGCAGUGAUUAGACUUCCUGAGAUAUGACACCUUGUAAUUUGGAAGGGUGUUCCCCGAAGACAAGUAAAUACUGAGAGGCCUUUAGCCCAGCAAUAGAGGUACUUACCAAAGUAAAGUAGACACCUUUGUCUGCUGGCUCUCUGGGAUUCUGAACGUCAUAGUGUGUUAAUUAUUUUAGUGUAGGCGGAUAGAACCAGGCCUGAUUCACCGGACUUGUGUUUAGCUUGGUUUAGAGAUAAGAUUCUUUAAAAGCAGAGCAUUUUUCUCCCUCUUUUCCAUUUUUAGCAAACAGAUUGCUCAUGUGUCCUCACAUGUGUUGUUCUGUUGCUUAUCUUGCACUAAUAACAGCCUGGAGGGACGAGAAACAGACAUGGGAGGAUGAUGGAGGGAGGAGGGAAAAAAAAUAAAAGGUGCAUGUUCUGGCCGACAGGUCGAUGUUCAGAAACAGACCCUAAUUUUACUUUCUUUGAACAGUUUUUUUUUUUUAAUUUUUGUACUUCUUGAGUAUUGAAAUGCUACAAUUAGCAAAUCACUAUUAACCCUUUAAAGCCUGAAACAUGAAAUGAUCAUAAUAAAACCACAUUUUUAAACUGAACUGUUACUUUUCUCAUGUCAAUUAAAAAUAUUUUUUAUUGUAUUAUGCAAUUCCAUAACAUUUUAAUGGUAAUAAAAAUAAAAUUGGUCAGCACCACUCGCAGAUCCUCCACCAGAGGGCGUUCAGAUGGAAUAUCAGGAUUUGUACCUUCAUUUAAAGUUUUUUCAAAACUCCAAAAUCACGACGAGUCGUCUCAAGGCACUUCACAUAGUAAACAUUCCAAUACAGGUCAGUUCAUUAAGCCAAUCAGAAAAAAGUUUCCUAUAUAAGGAACCCAGUUCAUUGCCUCAGUGACUACAACAAUCCUCAUACUAAGCAAGCAUGCAGCGACAGUGGAGAGGAAAAUUCCCUUUUAACAGGAAGAAACCUCCAGAGGAUCCUGGCUCGGUAUAAGCAGCCAUCCACCACGACUCACUGGUGAUCGAGAAGACAGAACACACACACACACCAAGUAAUGUUUCUAUGGUUAUAUGUUCAUCCAAACAGUCCUAUAAAGUUCAGAUUAAUUUAUUAUUUUUGUCUAUAUUUCAAACUUUGAAGAGUUAAACAUUGUUGAAUGGAGUAAAAAGCAAAUUUUUGAAUGAAGACAAUCAGAUCACCCCUACACUGUAAGAAAUGAAAUGUUGAAUUUACUUAACCACGGUCCACUAAACCUAGUUGAUUAGAUGUAAAGAGUAAAAUAUGUUGCUAUGUUAAAAGUAAAUGUGUAUUACUCGUUACAUGUAAUCAGCUAGGUUUAGUGGUUAAGUAAAUUCAACAUUCAUUUCUUACAGUGUAUAGAGCUGUAGCAUGUGGAAGUUGUAUCUACCAUGUUGAGUAUUGAACUGGCAUCCUUAAAGAGCAAGUCACCCCCUACCAGAUUUUUACUCAACUCCCACUUCCUGUUUGAAAAAUGCAACAAAUGCUGUUGCCUAGCAGACCGAGAGGGCGGAGCCACUAACAAAUACACACACUCAUGACAUUGUUACAUUAUAAUGUACCAUAUAACAUCAUAGUGUACCUCUUAGCCAAUAGCGACGGCAGAUUUAAAUUCAAAUGCAGUGCUGAGUUUUUACCUGACAACGGUGCAACACUGACAGCUUUAGGGAGAAGAUUAAAUUUUUAACUAAGAUGGUCUAAAGUGCCGAAUUAUUGACUGCACAUGUCUACAGCACGAUCAGACACUCAUUUAUAUAGUUUAUCAGGAAAAAAUGUUGGUUUGGAGUGACUUGCUCUUUAAGCUCGUUACUGUGAUGAGGAGGAACUGACAGUAAAACUCACUGAUGGACAAUUAAAAAGCCAACCAGUGGUGCAAUGCUGCUCCGAGGCCUUAGAGAUAACGUUUAGAGCUCAGAGAGGAGCAAGAGGCCGUCAGAACUCGGGAGCUGGAACCCGUCUGACAUUUUGCACAAUAAGUUAGAAACAGGACACGAGUGAUUGUGGGUCACAAUGGAGAACAAUGGCAUCGCGGUUUCUGCUUGAUGAGUGUUUUAGACAACACAGGAAGUUAUGUCUAUAUAAGGAGAUUUUGGCUGACGCCCCAAACCCUAAUGAGCACGUGCAGAAAGCAAAUCUUACCGCAGAGACUGAAUAGAGUUGAGGGCCAGUCAGCAGCUUUGGUGUCACAGUUUUAACGUCAGAUGAAUCUACUGUAAUCAGGCUCCGGUGCACGUGAGCCCAGCUUUGUUCUGGCCCGGUAACCGGCUGAUCUGAUAAAGGUUUUGCAGAGCGCCCAUUGUUCUGUACAUCAGGUUAAGUACGUUUCACAUUUAUGCUUUAGUCAUUAACAAGAAGAGCAGUGGGUAAUGAUUUACAGGCAGGAGCUGAUAAGGUUCUGGUUUGAGUCGGGGAUAAUAAAUGACCCAGUUGAUCUCAAUGGGAGGAGUCGUGUCCCUGUUUCCAGCUGGGACUGGGACAGGAAAGGAGGAGUGUCAGGGGAGAGGAGGAGAUUUUGGGGAUGGAGGGAGGAACAGUGAGAUGAGCAGAGUGAAGUUGGAGAAACUUCUCAUGUUGUUGACAGAUUUCAGUGAUGCAGGUUAGGAUUUCUGGAGGUUAAUGGAAAGCAAACCCUGUGGGGGGGUGAAGUUUCAAUUUCAAAAAGAUUUUAUUUUAUUUUUAUUUUUUACAUAUUUUUUCUAAUUGAGUUUUGUUUUAUUAUUUCUGUGUUUUAUACUUUUUUCUUUUUAGGGAGUGUGUGUUUCAGAGUAUUUAUUUUUUUUAAUUUUUUGACAUAUUAAACAAUGGAGCUGGAGCAUUUAGGAGGUGGGGGGGUUAAACCAGAGAGGGGCGGUAAUCGUCUCUACAAGAUAGCACUGGUCAUGUGUGUGUGUCUCUGUGCAGCCCUUCUGCUUGCUCUCAUACUGGUCUCUCAAAAAUCCAGUCAAGAGGAGUUCUGUCUAACUCCAGAAUGCAUUGAAGCAGCUGGGUCCAUUUUGAGCAAGAUGGAUCGAUCUGUCGACCCGUGCCAGGAUUUCUACACGUUCUCCUGUGGAGGUUGGUUAAAGGAGAACCCGAUUCCUGAAGACUCGUCCUCCCACGGGAUCUACCCCUGGCUGCGUCAGCAUGUGGACUUAAGACUCAAAGAGUUAUUAGAGGCUCCUUCAGAUGCUGACGAACUGCAGGCUGUGACCAAAGCUAAGAUCCUCUACCGCUCCUGUAUGAAUGAAACCAUGCUGGAGCAGCUGGAUGCCAAACCCAUGCUGAAAGCGCUGAGGCAACCUGAGUUCCGUUGGCCCGUGGUGGGGGAUGGGCUGGGUGGGGAGUACCAGUGGUCCCAGAGUCAGUGGAGUCUCCUUAAGACCCUGGCAGAGAUGAGGAACCAGCACAGUAAGAGCGUCCUGAUCCGCCUGUACAUCUCCCCUGAUGACAAAGACUCUUCCCUCUACAUCAUCAAGCUCGACCAGGCUUCCUUGUCUCUGCCUUCCAGGGAGGAUUACACCACAAACACUUCCUCAGCUCUGGCAAACCGUGCUGCCUUGCUGAGUCUGAUGGUGGAUGUUGCCGUAAUGCUGGGUGCCUCAGAGAAAGCAGCUCAGGCUCAGAUGGAGAAAGCUCUCGCCUUCGAGACCAAAGUGGCUCAGAUCCUGAUUCCAUAUGAAAACCGCACCAGUGAAAACAUGUACAACAAAUACACACUCUCUCGUCUGCAGCGCUCCAUACCACAGUUUGACUGGCUCGGGUUCGUUAAAGCUGUGGUGGAGUCUAAGGAUGAUUCCACUCGGCUCAUUUCCUCCUCCGAGUCCGUCAUCGUCAGAACUCCUAAGUACUUCAAAGAUCUUGUGAAACUCAUUAACUCUACUGACCCCAGGACAGUAGCUAACUAUGUCCAAUGGAGGACAGUCUUUUCUAGAAUCACCACUCUGAGUCGACGCUUCCUCUACAGAUACCUGGACUUUGCUCGGGUCACCACCGGAACCACCUCCUUGACCCCACGCUGGGAUAAAUGUGUUAACUACGUUGAAAACUCGCUCGUUUAUGCCACUGGGCGCCUUUUUGUUGACACACACUUCCAGGAAGACAAGAAGCACAUGAUGGAGGAGCUAAUCGAUGGAGUUCGGUGGGCGUUCAUCGACAUGCUGGAGAAAGAAAAUGAUUGGAUGGACCAACAAACGAAAAAGAGAGCCAUAGAAAAGGCUCACGCUGUCCUGCCUAAGGUUGGAUACCCAGAGUUUAUGCUAAACGAUACCUACCUGAAUGAAGAUUUGAGAAUGUUAGAAUUUAGUGAAAAGGAUUACUACGGUAAUGUGAUGCAGACUCUGAAGUUCAUCGCCCAGUCGGAUAUCUCCUGGCUUCGAAAGAGCGUUCCACGGACAGAGUGGUUUACCAACCCUACAACUGUGAACGCAUUCUACAGUUCAUCCACAAAUCAAAUCAGAUUCCCGGCUGGAGAGCUACAAAAACCCUUCUUCUGGGGAAGAGAGUAUCCAAGGUCUUUAAGUUAUGGUGCCAUUGGGGUGAUAGUUGGGCACGAGCUAACGCACGGCUUUGACAACAAUGGUCGCAAAUAUGAUAAAAAUGGGAAUCUGGAUCAGUGGUGGAGCGAGUCAUCUGUAACAGCCUUUAACACGAUGACUCAGUGUAUGAUCGAUCAGUACAACGACUACUACUGGGAGGAAGCAGGACUAAAUGUGCGCGGUAAAAGGACUCUGGCAGAAAACAUAGCAGACAACGGGGGAAUAAGAGAAGCGUUCAGGGCUUACAGGCAGUGGGUGGAUAGGAGCAGAGGAGGUGUGGAGGAGCCUCUGCUGCCGGGAGUCGAACUGAACAACAAUCAACUCUUUUUUCUGAGCUAUGCACACGUUAGAUGUAAUUCAUACAGACCAGAGGCAGCCAGAGAACAGAUCCAGAGUGGAGCUCACAGUCCACCAAAAUACAGAGUCAUCGGAGCGAUGAGUAAUUAUGAGGAGUUCCAGAAAGCGUUCAAGUGUCCCGCGUCGUCAGUCAUGAACCGAGGAGAGCUUUCCUGUCGGGUUUGGUGAUCUCUGAUUCCUGACUGAUGAUAAACUUCCAAACUGGACCAGAGGCAACAGCAGGAAGAGGCUGAAAAGGCUUGAUAACAUUGCAAAGACAAUGGAGGAACAAGAAAACGGAUUUAUGUCCAAGCCGUGGACAUGUUUGGGAAGAAGACCAAAACUGUUCCAGUUUACUGGAAUACAUGUUUGUUAAAAUCUUCAAACUCUAAACCUUAAAAAUGCUUUUGUGAUGCUGUAAAUACUCAAAAAGCAUAUAUUUUAAACUUAACUGAGCAGGUAUAUUUCAGGUGUAGCAGGUGCAAAGGUGUAUUUUAAGGCCCUGUCCACACGUAGCCGGGGAUCUGCCAAGACGUAGAUAUUUUUCUACGUUUUGGCCUGUCAUCCACACGAAAACGGAGUUUUUUCACACGAAAACAGAUCUUUUUAAAAACUCCGGCCAAAGUGUAGAUCUGCGUUUUCUCCGUUUUGGGUGUCUGCGUGUGGACGGACAAAACCGGAGUUUUAAGGUCCGCAACGUCACUUUCCGUGACAAAAAAAUGCUGACAUCACGUGUGCGACCUGUGUUUACGCUAGCCGACUGCGCUCGCUUUAUCAAUUGUCCAAGCGCUUUUUGCUUGUUUGUUUUUGCAAGCGGAAUUACUGCUCCUUGCGGAAGACCACAGACGAAGGACGAGGUUAAGAACGGGGGAAGUACUGCCGCCUACAGGUCUGGCAUGUCCUUAACAACGUAUUUAUCCGGGUACGUGUGGACAGAGUUUUUUUUUUUAAACGAGGUGGUGUGGAUGCAAGUUUUUGGAGGGGCGGAUAUUCGUUUUAAAAAAAACCCGGCUACGUGUGGACUAGGUCUCAGUCACCGCAUUCAUAACCCACUAUGGACUCACUGCUCUCCUCAUUCAUUGAGCCUCCUUCAUACCCCUGAGCAGCAGAGGCUGGGGGAUGCCCUAGAGGCUGAUCUCAGCACCUCCCACCCACAACUUGUGGGUUAUGUUAUAAUUGUCUGAAUAUGUGCUUUUAGGUAUGCUGAGCUGUUCUUCUGUAUCCCCACAAUACAGCCAGAUUAUGUAUGUGAUUUUAAUGUGCUGUAUGUCAAAUCUUGGACGGGUUGUACUGAAACAAAAACUUUGUUGUGCCGGGACGCACAAUGACAAUAAAGUCAUUAGAACUCUGGUGAACACUGUAGACCAAAAAUCUUAUUUUCUGUCUUUUUAAAACAAACACUGAAACAAUAACCCACUGGAAGAUUCUUUGUGUUAAGUCCUAUUUUGAGAACACGUUGUGUGUUAAACUGUGGAUCCAAAAUCAUUUUUUUGUCUUUGCGUUUGUGUUUCUGUCGGACUUUUCAUUAUUUGUUCUAUUUUUGGGUUGAAAAUAAACAAAUCUUAUGCAGUU